AUGCAUUUCAACAGUGUCCUCGCCGUGUCCGCUACCCUUUUCGCUCUGGGCCUCGCUGCCGACCCCUUGGCCUUCACCAGCUGGCCCAAGGAUGUCCAGGCCGGCAAGCCCGUUACUUUGACUUGGGCCGGUGCCGCUCCUGAUCAGCCCGUUACCUUGACUCUCCGUAAAGGGUCCGCCGGUAACCUUAGUGAUGUGGAGGUCAUGACUGCUCAAGGCAAGGACGGCACUUUCACCUGGACUCCCGGCAAGAACGUCAAGGAGGGCCAGACCUAUGCCUUCCAGGUCAGCCAGGGUGGCCAGCGCAACUACUCUGCCCUGCUCAAGGCCGGCGCCCCGGUUCCCUCUGUCUCGGAUACCACCGAGGAUGGAACCACCGCCACUGGAACUACUGCUUCUGGCACCUCGGCGACAAGUGAUGCCACCACCACCACCACCGGUACCAGCACUGGCACUAGCUCCGGCACUACCACCGAUACUACCACCGGUGCUACUCAGACCACUGGCAUCACCAGCAAGCCCCUGAUCAGUUCAGCCGCAUCGGCCACUCCCUCCAGCAGCCCAGCAUCUACCUCCGUUGUUAGCAGCACCGUCACUUCCGAUGGUCCCAUGAUGACCGACGAGUCCACUCACAAGAAGGCCAAGCACAGCGCCGGUGUCCAGAACGCUGCUUCGCCCCUUCAGUACUCCAUGAACCUUAUUGGGGGUGCUCUGGGUCUUUUGGUCUAUCUGGUCCAGUAG